AUGGCAGAUUCUGAGGUGUUGAAAAAAUUAAAGGAUAUACCAUUUAAAAUCCAGACCGCAAGUUUGAAAGGUAGACGUGAAGUAAUUGAAGAAAUUCAAAAUGUAUUAUCUACACCAGGUAUAACGGAACCAGCAGUGAGGUUCAUAUGCCGCGUGCUAACCCUAACAUUACACCGCUACCAAGACACCACUUCCCAGUUUUAUGUCAAAAGUCUUUUGGCAUAUCUCACUGCCAAGCACCGUGAAUGGACUCUACGAAAUUUUCUGCCAUUAUUAAUGGAAAUAUCCGAGACUUUAAAAAAUACAGCCACAUCUAAAAGCUUAUGUCAAAGUGCCUUGUUUGCAUUGCGCUGGUCCACCGUCCUUACAGAGGGAUCCUUGAAAAAUAUAGAAGAAGAUGGAAUUGAUUACAAAUCUUUGGUAUUAUCACAAGCUAACUUGUUGGCUGCUGUUACUGCUUUUGGGAACAAGACAAAAAACAAUAAAGCCUUUUCUAUGCUGCACACAUCCUGGGUGGCAAUUGGAAAACAGAAGGUAACCAAAUGGCUAGAUGUACUCAUUUUGGUGCCUGCGGAUUCCGGACCACAGGUGUGCGUCAUGUUUGCAGCGCUCUGCAGGCAUUUCAAACAAACUGGGGAAGAGGAUCUCAUCAAAUCACAUAAAGCUAAAAUGCUUGAGAGCUUCAUCAAGAGCCUGAUCAGCGUUAAAAGCCGCCCCAACGCGAACUACAUAACUGCAUGUGCGGACCUUCUGCAACUGCUGAACAAGUCCGACGUCCAAGAGACCCUGCUACCUGCUCUGCAGAAAGCGAUGCUCCGCAGCCCAGAGACCAUAAUACAAGCAGUCGGAGAAGUCUUCGCAAAUCUAAAGAUCAACGUUGAUGGAAAUGUGGUUGAUAUAGGAAAGAGUUUGAUAGUUAAUCUACACUCGAAGGAUGCAUGGGCUCGAGCUGAGGCCAACAGGGCCCUGACCAGCCUGGCGCGGCGCUGCUCAGACCUGGCGUCAGCGCGCCAGCUGCUGGCUAGCACCUUUGCUGAGUACCACGGCGCGAGCGGGAAGCUCACUUCCAGUGAGGACAAGAUGGCUGUACUGCAGGGCGCGGGCGCGCUGAGCUCGCUGGCGGUGGGCGAGGCGGAGGCGGCGGCGCUGUUCGAGGAGGCGGCCGCGCAGGUGCGCCGCGUGCUGGACAGCGAGUCCCACGAGCGCACGCUCUGCGCCGCGCUCGACGUGCUGCAGCGCUGGACGCCCGCCGCCGGCGGACCGCUAGCCGACUCGAUAUACGACAUUUUCAAGAAGGGCCACUCGGCGAAGAGCAGCACUGCGGCGGUGCGCACGGCGUACGUGUCGCUGGUGGCGCGCGCGGCGAGGGGCGGGGCGGGGCGGGCGCACCGCGACGCGCUGCGCCCCGUCCUGCUGGAAGCCGUCGAGCGCGCCCUGCACCAGCCGCUGCAGCAACCGGUGGUGAGCGAAGGCGUGGCCGCCAUGCUGGGGCUGGUGCUGCUGGACGGCGCGCGCGAGCUGCCGGCCAAGGGCGCGCUCUGGGCGGGCCUGGUGCACCGCGAGCGCCACGUGCUGCUCCACGACCGCCUGCUGGCCGCCGCGCCCGACGACGUCCUAAUACAGGUGGGGUUGCUAUGCAGAACAGUAUUGGAAAACUACCCGAGUGUUGCCAGCGAGAAGGACUCACCGGUGUACAGGGCGUUCAUACAUGUGCUGCUCUCCACGACGAAAAUGGUGCGCGGCGCGGCCAUUGAGGAGGCGAGGUCACUACUGGCCAGCGAGGACAGAGCGCAGCUGGCGAGAUAUUUAGUCCUGAGACUGAAUGAAGUGCUGGAGGAGGGGAAAAUAUUUACCACCAAGGAGAAGACUCCACCUGAGGAGAAGCAGCCUGAGGUCACAGGCAAGAUAAUACUGGACUGCUUGCACACACUCUGUUCUUUUAGAGAGUACCCGCUGGAGGAGCGCGAAGGCCUGGCUCUGGACGUGCUGCCCAGCUGCCACCAUCCGGUGGUGGCGAACACCGAACGCCGCGCGUGGUUCAAGCUCCUGAAGCACAUGCGAAUCGAGCCGCGCGCCCUGGUCACCCGCCAUUCGCACCUCCUCAUCACCACCUAUGUCGACGGCUUCCAGCCCACCGAGACGACGUCGGCCGUGGUGGCGAGCCUGGUGGCGGCGGAGGAGGAGGGGGCGGAGGGGGCGGAAGGGGCGGAGGGGGCGCCGGUGGCCGAGGCGGCGCUGGGCGCGGCGCUGCGGGCGCUGCGCGACGCAGACCUGCUGCGCGUCACGCGCGACGAGUACUUCGUCUACCUCACGCCGGAGGGCGAGCUCUACGACAAGACCAUGGUGCCGGGAAAUGAGGAUAGCAAAGAAAUGAACUUGAAACGUGAGAGCAAGGCCUACAGCUACAAGGAGCAGCUGGAGGAGCUCCAAUUGCGCCGCGAACUGGAGGAGAAGAGGCGUCGCGAGGGCAAGGCCAAGAAGGAGGUGCCGCUGAGUGCCAAACAGAAGGAAGCCAUAAAGAUGCAAUUGGCUAAGGAGAGCGCUAUUCGUGAUCGACUCACUGUGCUGCACGGGCGCGUGGUGGUGGCGGAGCGGCUGGUGGGCGCGGUGCAGGCGGGCUCCGCGGCGGCGCUGUGCCUCCGCGCGCGCCACCUGGUGAGCGGCGUGCUGGGCGCGCUGCGCAGCCCGCUGGCCGCGCCGCGCCUCGCCGACGCCUUCCUGCGCCUGCGCCGCGCGCUGCUGCCCGCGCACGCCGCGCUCGGCGACGCCCUGGCGCGCGUCUCGCUCAGGCUGCACCGGCCGCAGUGCGACCUGGACCCGAGCUGGGAGGAGGAGGAGCUCGACAAGGCCGCCAUCCGCACCAUCAACCUGGUGCACGCCGCCACGGCGGAGCCGAGGCCCGGCCCCGACGGCGCGCUCCCCAGGAGCGACCACUUCACGGCGCCCGGCUUCUGCUACGUCUUCCCGCUGCUCAAGCAGGGUCUGAGCGGGCCGGUGCGUGCGGACGAGGCGACGAUGCUGAACGGGCUGUCGGUGAUCGCGCGGCACGCGAGGCUGCGCGGGGACCCCUCCGACCCGCGGGACCCGCUGCGCCCGGACCUCUUCCCCAUAGACCACAUGUUCCGGCUGCUCAUCGACCUCAUCAGCAGCACGGGCGGGCGGGUGCAGGCGGCGUGCACGCUGGCGCUGCUGGAGAGUGCGCAGUGCGCGGCGCAAGGGACGCUCACGCUCGAGGACGCCACCUGCCUCUUCAACGGCCUGCAGAACCCGCUCGAGGUGGUGCGGGACGCGGCGCUGCGCGCGCUGCUGUGCGUGGCCCACUGCGUGUCGCCGCUGCUCGAGGAGCCGCAGAGCGGGCUGGACCUCGCCAAGCGCCUCUACGUCGCCACCUUCGACGUCUCCGAGGACAACCGGAAACUGGCGUACGAGCUGUGGGCCGCUCUGCCGCGCGCCGAGGCUUGGCUGGGCGAGGCGGAGUCGGAGCUGGUGCACGAGCUGGUGCGCGAGGUGCAGCACCCGGCCGAGGCGGUGCAGCGGGCGGCGGCAGACGCGCUCGCGCAGCUGGUGCGCCGCGCCCGCAGCGCGGACUGCGCGCCCGACCUCGUCAUGGCCAUGCUGCACCAACUAUACGUCGACAAGUUGCCGAUGAUCCCGGCCAAGCUGGACCAGUUCGGGCACGAGCGCGCGGCGGCCGUGGACGAGUGGGGCGCUCGGCGCGGCGCGGCCUUAGGGCUGCGCGCGCUGGCGCCGCGGCUGCAGGCGCACCACGUGCCGCAGGCCGCCGCCUUCUUCGUGGAGCGCGGCCUGGCCGACCGCAGCGACGAAGUGCGCGCCGACAUGCUCGCCGCCGCCAUGGCCCUCGUCGACCUGCACGGCAAGGAGACGCUGGGCAGCCAGCUGCCGGUGUACGAGCGGUUCCUGGACACGGCGCCCAAGUCGGGGGGCUUCGACGCGGUGCGCCAGAGCGUGGUGCUGCUGGUGGGCUCGCUGGCGCGCCACCUGGAGCCCCACGACGCGCGCAUCCGCCCCAUCGCGCUGCGCCUCGUGGCCGCGCUCUCCACGCCCAGCCAGCAGGUACAAGAAGCCGUCAGUAACUGCUUACCACACUUAGUGACCUCGCCGGCGCUGGAAGACGAGAUUCCCACGAUCAUGAACAAAUUGAUGAAGCAAUUGCUCACAGCGGAAAAGUAUGGCGAUAGAAAGGGCGCCGCGUACGGAAUUGCCGGCAUCAUCAAGGGCCUCGGUAUUCUAUCGCUGAAACAAUUGGACGUAAUGGGCAAACUAACAGAAGCCAUACAGGAGAAGAAGAACUACAAAUACCGCGAAGGCGCGCUGUUCGGCUUCGAGAUGCUGUGCUGCAAACUGGGCCGGCUGUUCGAGCCGUACAUCGUGCACGUGCUGCCGCACCUGCUGCUCUGCUUCGGCGACAGCUCCCAGUACGUGCGCACCGCGGCCGACGACACCGCCAAGCUCAUCAUGAGCAAGCUGAGCGCGCACGGCGUCAAGCUGGUGCUGCCCUCGCUGCUGCAGGCGCUGCAGGACGACAACUGGCGCACCAAGGCCGGCUCGAUCGAGCUGCUGGGCGCGAUGGCGUACUGCGCGCCGAAGCAGCUGUCCUCGUGCCUGCCCUCCAUCGUGCCCAAGCUGAUCGAGGUGCUGAGCGACUCGCACAUGCGCGUGCAGGAGGCCAGCGCGGAGGCGCUCAAGGUCAUCGGCUCCGUCAUACGGAACCCCGAAAUACAAGCGAUCGUGUCGGUGCUGCUGCAGGCGCUGCAGGACCCGUCCAACAAGACCUCCGCCUGCCUGCAGACCCUGCUCGACACCAAGUUCGUGCACUUCAUCGACGCGCCGUCGCUGGCGCUCAUCAUGCCGGUGGUGCAGCGCGCCUUCCUCGACCGCAGCACGGAGACGCGCAAGAUGGCCGCCCAGAUUAUCGGCAACAUGUACUCGUUGACGGACCAGAAGGAUCUGCUGCCGUACCUGCCCAACAUCAUCCCCGGUCUCAAGCGCUCCUUGCUCGAUCCCGUGCCUGAGGUGCGCUCGGUGUCCGCGCGCGCUCUGGGCACCAUGGUGAAAGGCAUGGGCGAGAGCAGCUUCGAGGAGCUGCUGCCGUGGCUGAUGCACACGCUCACCUCGGAGAGCAGCAGCGUGGACCGCUCGGGCGCCGCCCAGGGCCUGUCCGAGGUGGUGGCCGGCCUCGGCGUGCAGAAGCUGCACAAGAUCAUGCCCGACAUAAUAGCGACCGCGGAGCGCACCGACAUCGCGCCGCACGUGAAGGACGGCUACAUAAUGAUGUUCAUCUACAUGCCGGGCGCGUUCACGGACGAGUUCACGCCGUACAUCGGGCAGAUCAUCAAGCCGAUCCUGAAGGCGCUCGCGGACGAGAACGAGUACGUGCGCGAGACGGCGCUGAAGGCGGGCCAGCGCAUCGUCACCCUCUACGCGGAGUCGGCCAUCGCGCUGCUGCUGCCCGAGCUGGAGCGGGGCCUGUUCGACGACAACUGGCGCAUCCGCUACAGCUCGGUGCAGCUGCUGGGCGACCUGCUGUACCGCAUCUCGGGCGUGUCGGGCAAGAUGAGCACCGAGACGGCCUGCGAGGAUGACAACUUCGGCACGGAGCAGUCGCACCGCGCCAUCAUGGGCGCGCUGGGCGCCGAGCGUCGCAACCGCGUGCUGGCCGGCCUCUACAUGGGCCGCAGCGACGUGGCGCUCAUGGUGCGCCAGGCGGCGCUGCACGUCUGGAAGGUGGUGGUCACCAACACGCCCAAGACGCUGCGCGAGAUCCUGCCCACGCUGUUCGGCCUGCUACUGGGCUGCCUGGCCUCCACCAGCCACGACAAGCGGCAGGUCGCCGCGCGCAGCCUCGGCGACCUCGUCAGGAAGCUGGGCGAGCGCGUGCUGCCCGAGAUCGUGCCCAUCCUGGAGCGCGGGCUGCGCUCGGAGCGCGCCGACCAGCGCCAGGGCGUCUGCAUCGGCCUGGGCGAGAUCCUCGCCUCCACCUCGCGCGACGCAGUGCUCAGCUUCGCCGACGGACUGGUGCCGACGGUGCGCACGGGCCUGUGCGACCCCCUGCCCGAGGUGCGGCUGGCGGCGGCGCGCACCUUCGACUCGCUGCAUGCCACCAUCGGCAACAAGGCGCUGGACGACAUCCUGCCCGCCAUGCUGGCGCAGCUGCACGACCCGGACCCGCAGCGCGCGGAGGCCGCGCUCGACGGACUCAAACAGGUAAUGGCGAUCAAGUCACGCGCCGUGCUGCCGUACCUGAUCCCGGUGCUGACUGGCGGCGGGGGUGGCGGGGGUGGCGGGGGCGCGGUGGACACGCGGGCGCUGGCGGCGCUGGCGUCGGCGGCGGGCAGCGCGCUGUCGCGCUACCUGGCGCGGCUGCUGCCGGCGCUGCUGGGCGCGCUCACGGCCGCGCACGGCACGGCGCACGAGGCGCGCGAGCUCGACCACUGCCGCGACGCGCUGCUGCACGUCACCGACGACGCCGGCGUGCGCUGCAUCGUGGACACGCUGCUGGAGGUGGUGUGGGGCGAGCCCGGGCCGAAGCGCACCGCGGCGGCGGCGCUGCUGUGCGCGUUCGUGACGCACUCGCGCGCCGACCUGGGCCCGCACGUGCCGCUGCUGCUACGCGGGCUGCUGCUGCUCUUCGCGGACACCGAGCGCGAGCUGCUGCAGAUGGCGUGGGAGGCACUGUCUGCGCUCACUCGAACUCUGGACGCCGAGCGGCUGAUCCAACACGUGGGCGACGUGCGCCAAGCCGUGAGGUAUGCGGCCGCAGAUCUCAAAGGGGAGCUGCUGCCCGGCUUCUGCCUGCCUAAGGGCAUAGCACCGAUCCUGCCCCUAUUCCGCGAGUCGAUCCUGAACGGGCUGCCCGAGGACAAGGAGAACGCGGCGCUGAUGCUGGGCGAGGUGAUACGGCUGACGUCGGCGCCCGCCCUGCAGCCGUCCGUGGUGCACGUGACGGGGCCCCUCAUCCGCAUCCUGGGUGACAGGUUCAACGCCGCCGUCAAGGCCGCCGUGCUGGAGACCCUCGCCGAGCUACUCUCCAAGGUCGGCGUGAUGCUGAAGCAGUUCCUGCCGCAGCUGCAGACCACAUUCCUGAAGGCGCUCUACGACCCCAACAGGCCGGUGCGCAUAAAGGCCGGCCUGGCGCUCUCGCAGCUGGUGCUGAUCCACACCAGGGCGGACCCGCUCUUCGUGGAGAUGCACAAGGGCAUCAAGAACACGGACGACCCCGCCGUGCGCGAGACGAUGCUGCAGGCGCUGCGCAGCAUCAUCACCGGCGGCGGCCACAAGAUGUCGGAGCAGCUGGCCCUCGGCAUCCUGACGACGCUCACCAGCCCCUCCCUCCUGGCGCACCCGGACGACCCGCCGCGCAGCGCGGUCGGCGCGUGCCUGGGCGCGCUGCUCCGCUGGCUGCCGGGCGCGCACCGCGACGCCGCCCUGCAGCACCACGUGCUGGGCGCGGGCGUGGGCGUGGGCGGCGCGGGCGACGAGUGGCUGCUGCAGCACGGCCGCUCGUGCGCGCUGUUCGUGGCGCUGAAGGAGAGCCCCGAGGACAUGUACCGCGAACCGUUCCGCGAGCGCGUGGAGCGCGCGCUGCUGCAGCAGCUGGCCAGCGAGCGGCCGCCGCUCGCGUGCAACGCCGUGCGCGCCAUCGGCUACCUCAUGCGCCACCUGCUGCGCCACGACCACCCCGUGCCGCCCGCGCUGCUCUCGCAAUUCGUCCGCAGUAUGAACCACAGCAGCAACGAGGUGAAGCAACUGAUGGCGCGCGCCAGUGCGAUGCUGGGGCGCGAGGCGCCGCUGGCGGCGUGCGGCGGCGACGUGCUGCGCGCCCUCAUACCGGCCCUCGUCAACGGCACCAAGGAGAAGAACACCUACGUGCGCUCCAACUCGGAGAUCGCGCUGAGGGCCGUGCUGCGGCUGCCGCACGACGAGGCCUUCCACCAGCAAUGCAUCUCACUACUAGAUGAAGGUGCACGAGAAGCCCUAAGCGAUGUGGUGGCUAGGAUACAGCGACGCCCGCAUACUGAGGGCCGCGAUGAAGAUCUCGACUGUAUGCUGCUCACC